CUAACUGCCGAGUGCUGUGAAUCAGCUCCUUCACAAAGCGACAUAAUUGGGGGUUAAAACCCUGAAAACAGACACGCUCACAAGCUGGAGGGCACAAGACGAGUCGGGGAAACCCGGGGGGAAUCGACUGAAACUACAAGCGAGAUUCACACUGCCCAGGAACCCAUACAAAGCACAUGGGGCCUACCUGCGACCGAGCUAGGGAGAGACAGCCGCUCUCCUCGAUAGUAAAGUCCCACACUAACCCCUUAGAGCACUCGCCUCCUCCCCCGCCCCUGGACCGGCAGGGGUCAUCCCGGUCCUCACUCGACACAUAAAGCAACCAGCUGAGCCAACAGUACAAGCAUGACCCUAAAACACAAAGUUGCAGCCCCUCACAGGGCACUUACCUGCAUCUGGGUCAGUCCUGUGUGCACCCCACCAAAAUCCACGGCCUGGCAGUGGCUGUCAAGAUGGCGCUGGAACACGGUGCUGAAAAGCAUGUGAGACCUACUCUAACCUCAUGGGCAGUAUUUGAUAAAAUAUGUGAAGCCUUCUGGGAGCGGCUGAAGCUCCGAGCGAACCAUGCCCGCAAGCUCACAGCCACUGAUCCCAUGCGGAGCAGUACCUCCACGAAGUUGCCGAGGGGUCCCAAGAGGCUGCACCAGUCGGGCGGCGGAAAAGACCAACAGUACCCUCAAAAGGCCGCACAAACACCCGGCAGACCGGGAGUCAUGUCGGUGAGAGAUGUUGGAGCCGACUCCAGUCUCACACUGACUCCCUGGCGGUAAAGCAACAUCGGCGGGACUGGUCUGGAGCACUACAGAUGCCCAACAGGCAGCCUACUCGCAGUACUGGAAAGCAGUACCCACUCGCAGCACCUGGACACCAAGCCUCCAGAAGGGGCAUCGGAUGACUUAACUGGCACACCCAGAGACUCUCCUCCAUGCAGUCUCCCCUGGGACUUACACCCCACGCAGAGAGUCACUGGAGCAUACCUCCCGGUGCCGACAGCGCCACUACAUCUUGUGAGAUCAUCAUGGGAGACACCAGGUCGGACCGGGGUAUUGACUACCGAUUACGACAUAACAGCGGUAUCGGGUGAAGUUGUCUUUAAUCCAGCCACCCUGCUGAUCAAAGAGCAGGACUAAAUGUGUGUUUGCAAUAUUACUACCUGCUAAAUAGCCAGCAGUACAACACUAUAGUCCAUCUGUUUUACCAGCCUUACCAGUUUUGAUCAACUCGUUACUACACACAUAGUAUUGCUUAUUAAUAAGCUGAGCAGGUCUAGCUCUAAUUCAGCCCACACUAAUAUGCACGUGUCAAGCCCUCACAUAUGUUAUUACUCAUAUGCAAGCCACUGCCAUGCAAUUAGAUCUUCCAGGGCUGACAGCCCGCCGACAAUGGGCAGGAGCUACGCAAACCCACACAGAGUCUGUAAUGCAACGCUUAGCUAAAAUGUGUUAUAUGAUUGUUUUGCCUGUUUUAAUAUAUGAAGCACUGACAGUUGGAUUAGCCAGUCUCAAACCAGUUAAC